AGGUGUAUAACUAGAUUAGGACGCUUAAAUACAGCAAAUAUUGGUAAAUGUUUAACUGAAAAACAACUUUAACCUUGCUUAGUGAAGAAGAAAAUUGUUUAAACUGAAGCUUACUGAUUGAUGGUCCUGCUUAAUCAAGAUAUGGCUCAACAGCCGAAAGCUCUUGAUAGUUAUGUGGGAUUUGCAAAUCUUCCAAAUCAACUUUACAGAAAAUCAGUAAAACAAGGAUUUGAGUUUACCCUUAUGGUCGUAGGGGAAUCUGGACUAGGCAAGUCAACUUUAAUUAAUUCUCUUUUUCUCUCUGACCUUUAUUCCAACGAAUACCCUGGCCCCUCCCUCAGGAUAAAGAAAACUGUAAAGGUUGAAACCACCAAAGUUUUAAUAAAAGAAAAUGGAGUGACCCUUCGGCUUACCAUAGAUGACACACCAGGUUUUGGAGAUGCUGUCGACAACAGUAACUGCUGGCAAGCAGUCAUCAACCACAUUGAAAAGAAAUUUGAAGAUUACCUGAAUGCUGAGUCAAUGGUGACUCGGUCAAAACUAGCGGACAAUCGCGUUCACUGCUGCUUGUACUUCAUUGCACCGACUGGUCACGGUCUGAAACCCCUUGAUGUCGAAUUCAUGAAAAAUCUUCAUGAUAAAGUCAACAUUAUUCCACUCAUUGCAAAAGCUGAUACCAUGACCCCAGAGGAAUGCCUUAGGUUCAAAAAGCAGAUUAUGAAAGAAAUUCAUGAACACAAAAUCCAACUUUAUGAGUUUCCUGAAUGUGAGGAUGAAGAAGAAAAUCGACUCAACAGGAAAUUAAAGAGUCGAGUCCCAUUUGCAGUGGUUGGUAGCAACACAGUGUUAGAGAUUGGUGGAAGGAGAGUGAGAGGUCGACAGUACCCAUGGGGUGUGGCUGAAGUUGAGAAUAUCGACCAUUGUGACUUCACAGUGCUGAGGAAUAUGCUGGUUAGAACACACAUGCAAGAUUUAAAAGAUGUGACCAACAACGUCCAUUAUGAAAAUUAUAGAAGUAAGAAACUAAGUUCGGUUACCACGACUACCAUGGAUGGAAGGAGUAAAGCUCAAACCAAAAGUCCUCUCGCUCAAAUGGAGGAAGAGAAGUCGGAACACAUGCAAAAGAUGAAGAAGAUGGAAAUGGAAAUGGAAGAAGUCUUCCGGAUGAAAGUUCACGAGAAGAAGCAGAAAUUGCAGGAAUCUGAGGCAGAUUUGUCUCGUCGACACGAAGCAAUGAAAAAGAAAUUGGAAGCAGAAUAUGCUGCUCUAGACGAGAAGCAGCGACAAUAUGAGAAAGACAAACAAGAUUUCGAGGCUUUGCAACUUAAACUGAUGGAGGAUCGGAAAUCCGACAAGUCCAUGGAUAAGAAAAAGAAGACCAAAACACUUUUUUAGAGAAACUUUUUGCGUGCAUGAUUCCGUAUCCAAUCCCCGCAUAUACAACUAACACGACGGAUGCUCAUUGCUGAGUGCUUCCUAUAAACAAACUUCUCCAGCCUGCUGUCCCGACCCCACCGUUCACAGUGCAUGCUUUCUUUUUGUCAUUCGUCUGCGGUUUUUAUUACCUAUUACGCAACCGACAAGCGUCAUCAGAGUUGCUUACCUUUCAAACCCCUUGUUACUGAUUGCUCGGCUACAAAGCAAAAGGCAUGCUGGUGUAAAUCUACCGACUACCCCACAGUGUUCCGCCUGGGAAACCGACUUAAUAGGCUGCCGUUAAACUUAUUGCAAUACAAGGUUGGCGUGUUUCACCCAUAAACUGUAACUCAAACGUUUUUUUUUUUAAUCCCUCAAAGUCAAAUACCGUCAGCAGCUUCUCGACACGUCGUGUUAUCAACGUGCUGCUGCCACUAACUAACGUUCACUCAACCCAACGCUGAUCGAUUGAUCAUUAUACAGUUACUUAACAUUUUUCUGCAGUCUGUUAUUUUUUAAUUUACCCGAAUUAUAUUCCGUUUUUUGCAUCCAGUUUAAAAACUGUUGCAUUCGCUAUUAUAUUAGCCGUAUACGUUUUACAUAACAUUGCAUACUUUGCCUUUGCAAUAACUACCCUGACAAGUUUUCGUAGCAUGUUGGUUUUAUAACUCAGUCCCGCACAAAAAAUGAAAAGUUAAAUUUAAUUAAAAAAAUGAUUGAAAUGUACAAAUGAGUUUCACCUACAACGUUGUAUUACAUAUUAUAUAAUAAAGAAAUUAAGGGAAA